CUUCUUCACCAGCGGAGCCGCGUCGUGAUGACUGUCCGCGGGCAGAGCAGCAGCCCGGUGACGCCUGACGCCUCCUCCAUCCAGGAGCUGAAUUCUCCACGCAGCGCGGCGUGAAGCUGGGCUUACAAACACUCACACGCCGUCACACACUCGCAGCGCCUGUGUGUGUGUGUGUGUGUUGGCUCCGAGGCGGCUCAGUCCUUCCAUCUGGGGAUUGAAACUUGAGGGACUUUACCGUGGCAGUCAGAGAACAAAAGGCGCACGGACGGACGGAGGGAGCGCGGUGAAUGUAGCGGCAGGCUGGGUGUCUGUCUGCGGGGCGCACAGCGGUGCUGCUGGAACAAGUCCCGUCCCACGUCCCGUUUCCCCCCCCCCCCGGUGACACGCACUCGGCAAACAUGAUUCUCCUCGGGACCGUGCUUCUUCUUUUCUUCUCAGAUGCCUUGUCAUCCUCAUCACCAAUUUUUCCCUACCCGUCCUCCCACACUGACUGUGUUGAAGCUCAUCGGGUGUGCUCUGCUGAUCCCCGGUGUGAGGCAUUGUACCGGGGCCUGGAGCUGUGUGCGGCUGACGCAGCCAUUUCCCCACUAGGGGAGCAGGCCGCAGCUGAGUGCCUGGAGAGACGGGAUGUUCUGCUGGCCAAACACCCUGCUCUGUUGGCCUGCAAGUGCCAGCGUGGUUUUCGCAAGGAGGAGCAGUGUCUGCGCAUAUACUGGAGGGUCCGCCUGCUGCCAGGGGAGGAUGAGCUGGAACUAUCUCCCUAUGAUGACACAUUAAUGGAUACUCGCAUGGCCUCCUUAGUGGCAGCCUCAUCUUUCACUCAACUGGAUGGUGAGAACCAUUGUCUGAAGGCAGCACAGGACUGUGGUUUGUACGAGAAGUGUGGCUCCCUGCGAUCAGAGUAUGUCCUGGCCUGCACCAAGCGGGUACCUGGGUCCAACCGGUGCAACCAGCACAAGUGCCACAGGGCCCUCCGGCGCUUCCUGGAGAGGGUGCCUGAGGAAUACAGCCUGGGUGUCCUUUUCUGCCCCUGCACUAACACCCUGUGUGGGGAGAGGAGGAGGAAAACCAUUGUACCCUCCUGCUCCUUCCAGGAGAUGGAAGGACUGCAACCUAACUGCCUCCAUCAGCAGAGUUUCUGUCGCCGAGAUGACCUCUGCAGGUCCAGACUGGCUGAUUUCCUUAAUAACUGCCAGCCAUCUCCUCUGACAGCCAGCGGCUGUCUGAAAGACUCAGCAGGCCUCUGCCUCCGAGCAUAUGCUGGACUCAUCGGUACCAUCAUGACACCCAACUACAUCAGUAACAGCUCUGCUGACGUGUCACUGUGGUGCAACUGUGAAGGCAGUGGGAACCAGUGGCAGGACUGUCUGAGACUGCAGCGUAUGUUCACCCAAAACACCUGCCUGCGUAAUUCUAUCAGUUGGAUGGGGAGCCCUGGCUCCCUGCCUGCAGACAUCACCCCCCCUCCUGCUCCCAGGCCCUCCCCACUGGAUCAGGAGGACGAGCUGCUGAGCAACAACCACCUGCCUGAACACAACAAUGUCGUGGUGGAGAGCGAGGAAGAAGAGGACCUGACACAGAUAGAGGAGGAAGGUGAUGAGGGCGACCAGUUCGACAUCAUCCCGCUGUACUCAGAGAGGGCCACUGUCUCCAACCUGGGCUCCUCUGGGACUGGGGUGGCUGCAUCCCUCAACACCGGCCCUGCUAAACCCAUACUACUGCUCCUUCUGCUCCUUUCUGCAUUGUUCAGCUGGGGGUAGAGCGAGGGAUAGGGAGAGAACACACACACACACACACACACACACACACACACACACACACACACACACACACACACACAUGUAAUGGACCCUCCAACAGUCCUGGACUGAUUGCUGUAAAAUAUUCAGAAAAAGUGAAGAAAUGGACUUCACCUUUUGUCAGUAGCAUCCCCUCACUUCUUCACUCCUGCCCUCAUUCCUUCCGUCCCUCCUUUCACAAUAGCACUUUGGUCGACAUGGUCUGACUGCAGCUGCUGUGGUGUAUUCAUGUCCUGAGAGCACUGGAGACCUUGCUGUGGCAGGGCCUUCACAAGCUGCCAUCAACCAAUGAGCAUCAUGUUGCAGUUCCACACGUAGGUCCAGAAAUAUUGAUUCAACUCUAAAGGUCUGCUCAGUUAUCGGCAAGUAAAUACCGGCAACGUUAGCUGAGGUGUGUCAGUGGGAUGAAUCCUGGCUCAUAGGCUACAUUCUUGUUCUGUCAUACAGACAAUAACUCAAAUAACCCAAACAGUGAUGAUUUGAAUGUCCUGUAAUUUAUAGAUGCGAUGUAAGAUUUGCCAAAAUGUUUUGGGAAAGUGGAAGUUAGGUAAAUAUGUCACAUUAAACUAUACAGUUUCUAGACAUUUCAAUAGAGUAGCAGAAGUAGCCUUAAGUGUGAUUAUUACUCCUUUCUCAUAAUAUGUGUUUCAAUGGUGAAUCUACAAAAACUGGAAAGAUUUUAAAGUCAUACGCUUGAAUUUGUUGAAUCCAUCCUUUGUCCACUACUGUGAUGCCGACUGUAUUUUUUUAAUUUAAAAUUCAGUUUUUAUCUUUUUACCAAUCAAAUUGCUACGUUUUCUGUUACAGCUGUUCUGUAAAUAUGUUGACUUGAGAUGCAGCUAUCAUUAUCUAUUGUAUGUUAACAAUGUUAUUACAAGGCAUUCUCCAAACUUCUUCAUUUGGCCAUUUGUAAAACUGGUACCCUAAAGUGCAAACAAAUGUUGCAAAUUCAGCUGAUAAGGACACACUGUGUAUACGCAAUGAUUUUAUGAUGUAGAUUAAUAUUUAUGGCUA